AUGGGUCGAUUGAAACCUACUUAUCAAGAAUUCGAGGCCUUACGGACGACGGCUAUAACGACAAAAUUCCGAGACGACGAGGACGAAGAUAUAGAUCUAGACGAUCUAUUUAACGCUAUAAUUGAUGAAUCAAGACGAUUAAAGGUCAACGAACCUCGAGAACUAGUAGGAAUCGCUACUACUACUAGUACGAAGAAAGAAAGCACUAUUACGUGCUAUAACUGUGGAAAGAAAGGCCAUAUCGCUAGGAAAUGUCGACUACCUCAAAAGCCUAAAGAUGAGGAUGAAAAAGAAGCGGCUCUAAACGCUAUAGAGACCGCUAUAAAGCUAUAA